AUGGACUACCGUGAAGAUCACAAAGUGAGCUAUACCACUUAUAUGCUGAAUGGAGAAGCUGAAGACUGGUGGAGAUUCGCCAGCCAAACCUUACCUCAAGAAGAGGGCUCAGCUCAAUCUCAGACGAGCGGGAGUGUACCUCGUAGACGUGGUAGCUAUAACUCCAAUAUUCCUCGAGAACCAUUGAAAUGCUUCCGAUGCAAAGGACCCCACAUGAUCAGAAACUGCCUGUCGCCAAUUGCCGUAUGUAGUCACUGUGGAAAGACAGGGCAUCCGACUAGUGCUUGUUGGUUUCCACCCCAAGGGACCGGAAGUGUCAGUGGGAGUAACAAGCCAACACAUAAGAGCAGUAGUGGAUCGAAGUCCAAUGUUCAAGGCAAAGUGUUUGCCAUGACUGGCUCUGAAGCGGCAAAAUCUGAUGAUCUUAUCCGAGGUAAAUGCAUCCUGAAAAACAAACUCAUUGAUGCUCUUUUCGAUUCUGGUGCUACGCAUUUUUUCAUUUCCUUGGAUUGUGUGCGUUGUCUUGAAUUUCCUGUCUCUGCUUUGCCAUAUGAUGUUAUAGUAUCCACCCCUACAAAUAAGCCUGUAAUAACCUCGCACAAAUGUUUGGGUUGUUCUGUGAUGAUUCGUGGUAGGAAUUUCUUAGUAGAUUUGAUUUGUCCACCUUUUUCUUAG